AUGUGCAGGACUACGAAAAAGAUGAUGCAGUUCAAGUGUCCCACCAGCCAGUCAAGCCGGAGUUCACGAGAAAAAAAGUGCGAAAGGCAACGGGAUACGCCAAGUUCAACUUUUCGGCUGAUGACCUUCAAGAAACGGCGAACAAAUCUGACGAUGACACGGAGGAAACGAACAAGUGGAAGUGCGACUACAAGCGAGAGCGAGGUGGUCCGACGGGGGUCUUCAGUGUCGUUGGGGACUGUGCAGGAAAUUCAGGAUAAGGAUGCCGACGCAAACUGGCAUGACUCAGAACGCCAUUCAGGCCGUUACACCCGUAUCCGUGGCCGAAUCCCAACGGGCCACGCGUCCCUCAUGAAAUCGAGCAGCGACGACAUGCUGGAUGUAUUACUCGCCGAAGAUUCUGAAGAAGGUCGUCGCGCUCGCGAGUUGCUGCUGCACAACACGGAACUGAACUCUUCCUCUCCUCCUUUCUCUGUUCGCUCGUGGAAUUCUGAAUCGUCUGAACCCUCCGGUGCGUCUGACGGGGCAGCAAAAAGAUCCAGCGAGGAGGCGCAUACUGACGCGGACCAGACGGCCAGUAAAACGGACAAAAAGGCCGCCGGUUCCCAAUCCGCCUCCCGCUCAGGGAAUGCGUUGUCUAUUCUUGAGUGUCACCUCAACCCCAGCAGUUGA